AUGUUGCUCACUCGCAAUUUGGUGGCAGUGUUUGCCGCCACCAUCGUCACCUUGACAGUGCUUUCAUCAUGCAAUGCUUUAGAAGUAAGAACACCCGAUCUGGAGGCCUACGCAAAUUAUGAGGAUAUGCGACGAUACAUCGUCUCGCGGAGUCAACGCUCCAAUCAUCGUUAUAUUGACAACCCAACAGAUGACACUUACAUCACCGCUUAUAAUGAACACCAUGAGCUCGCUUCACGCGAACGACAACGUCGUGCGACUAACGCGCAGCAAACGCGCAAAUUGCCAAGCGAGCCACAAUUGUUUAAGUUCGAAAUCUCGGAUGCUAUUGAACCGAGCGCCGAAGUAAAGGAGCUCAUACGUCAACAUCGUAGUCGUGAAGAGAAGCUGACGACUGCAACGAGUCCACUUGAAACGAGUGAAGACGAAGGCUCAAGUACUGUAAAAGACGUUGGCAAGGAAAAAGCUAAGAAAACAACCGUUGCGCCAACGCGCGCCGCAAGAGGUGCACGCGCAAAGAUCUCUCGCAGCAAACGACCGAAACGAGCUGCCACCGGCACACCGAAUCAACAGGGCUUCAAUUUUAAUGUGCAGCUCAUACCCUUCGACAUCUCCGAGGCGAGAGAGCCCGAUGAACGUACGAAAGAAGUGAUAAGGCGUAUGCGAAAUCUGGAGUUACAAAAAUUACGCACAGCCACAGGGACAAGCACCGCAUCACCGACAGUGGUACGCGUACAUAGGAACGCGCCAGCCACAGCCAUGGUUACCAAAUCUUUAACAGCACCAGUGCCGACCUUCAAUCCAGGCAAGUACUAUCGUCCGAAGACGGGCAAGCUGUUCAUGAAACGCAAGGGAAAACGCGUCAAGCGCUCGGCUCCACAGAUGAUACGCUUCGAAUUGGAGGAUGCACGCGAGCCGAACACAGCCACUUUGGAGCAGCUGCGCUUAGCCAGACAAAGUCGCAUGCAUAGUAUGGAUCAGUGGAAUGCAGCUGAGGAGAAGUUUACAGUUGUCAAUAAACGCGAGACGCGAGUAGAUAAAAAACCAACAAUGCCGGUAGAACAGCCCGUAAAGGAGGAAGUUGAUGAAGGCGACUCGGACUUGAAUAGCGGCGAAAGCAAACGACAUUUCGUCUACAAAGAAGCACCCGCCGUCAAAGCGAAGAAGUCCAUUGGUUCUUUACCCGUGGAGGUACAAAAGAUCAUCACACAUCUGAUGAAGGAUCAAGGCGCUGGCGCUGGCAGCGGUAAGGCUUACGUUAAAUACAUACCCGCACACAUGGUCGACUAUCGCCAGCUUAAGACACUCUAUGGUGCCAAACUCGCCUUACCGCCAACAUACAGCAUUGGUGGAGCUGGAAAGCUCUCACCAGCCUCGUACAUAAAGUACAUACCGCCACAUCAGAAGGGCGAGCAAUUGCAAGUACAAAUCCAUCCAGUGCCGGUGGUGGAAAAGAUUCGUUACAUAUACACGCCCGUCGCCAGUGCUCCGGCUGGACACGGUUACGACGCCGAUGCACACGCAGCUGUCGCAGCUCAAGAACAAGCCGCCGCACAUGCUGCUGCUGCGCAUGCCGUACAAGCAGCCUAUGCCGGCCACAACGUACAUGCCGUAGCCGAGGCGCAAGCAGCACAAGCCGCACACGCAGUUAAGGCAGCACAAGGACAACACAUAGUAGAGGUCGCACAUCCAGCUGAGGGCUACGCUGGUGCAAAAGGUAACGAAGGUGAGGAUGGCGCUCAUGAAGGUGGUGGCAUCGCACAACCGAUUAUCGUGCAGGAGGCUGGUGGUACGGGACAUCAUCAAGCGCAACAUGCUGCUGCCGUUGAGGUCCACCACACAUAUGCGGCUGAUGUCUCACACGCUCUGCAAGAGGAGGUGCCCGUGGCAGUCGCCAUUAAAGCAGUAAAUUUUCGGCCCUCAAAACCAGAUCCACUACUCAAUGAAAACAAGCUCUCGGAAGGCUCUUCAGCCGAGGCAGUCGGACAUGGCGGUGGCGCAGAUGGUCAUGGUGGUUAUAAUGUUGCCCUCCAUGCUGGCGGCGGUCAUGGAAGUGGUGGUGAACAGCACGUUCUUGCCGAAUAUAGUGGUGGACAUGGCGCUGAAGUAGGGCAACAAUCUGUUGAGCAGUACAAAUACGAAGUGGUGCAAGCCGAAGGUGAAGAACAGAAAGCUUCUCAAGCUCCUCUGGUAAAAAUCGAGUACCACGGCCCAGUCGAUGCCAUAAAACAGAACUUUAAGGAACUACCUGAAUUCAAAGAGCUCUCCACCUUAGUUGGCAAAUCAACCGAAGAUCAAAUACACGGACUCACCUACCUGCUGGCCAAAGAGAUGCAGAAUAAAUUGAAGUUACAACGCAAAAAAUACUACGUCGCUGAAGCUAAAGAUGCACACGCCAACACAGCGCCCAUCGUAUUCCCACUCGAACAUCAACAGAUCGCCGAACAAAAGCAGCAGCAACAACAAGCACACGCAGGCGCCUUGCAUGGACGUCUCAUUGGUAUGGCCAAGUCCAAAGAGUAUAUACCCAUCGUGGAGCAUGGCCCUGCAGCUGAGCAAAAAGCUGCAGCUAGUGGCGGUAAUGCACAUGGUUCGGUGCAACAUAUAGCUAUUCCCGCACCUAAGCAAUAUGUAGCCAUCAAAGUUGAACCGAAGGCACCGUUGCCGAACUCAUAUAUCGAAUACGGUCUGUCACCGAACUACCAGGGCGUGAAAGGUGGUGGUGAGGGUAGCGCAGGCGAAGACGGUCAAAAGACUAAAUUGUUAGUGGAACAAGUCGUACAUCAUCCGACUGUGAAGUACAGUGUCGGCGGUGGUGGUGGAGUCAAAGCUGAAGCGGAACUACAUGGAGACGGUGCAUCGAGUGAGCAGGGCUUGAGUUAUGGCGAUGGGGUGAGUUUGGAGUACUAUUUAAGGCUGUAG